ACUACAGCGCACUCAUUUAGAAUCAAAUUUUGUUGUCAUUGUGAACAUUAAUUUUUUGGUAAAAACAUGGGUAAACCAACUGGACAUCUGUUACGUCAACUGAGGUCUCUCAUGAAGAAUAAGCAUCAUUUACCUGAAGUGAUUCAAGGUUACAUUAUCCCAUCUGAAGAUGCCCAUCAGAAUGAAUAUCUAGCAUCAUGUGACUUGAGAAGAGAAUUUAUCAGUGGCUUUAGUGGCUCAGCAGGAACUGCGAUUGUUACAGAAACCAAGGCAGCACUUUGGACAGAUGGACGAUAUCACCUACACGCAGAAAAGCAACUGGAUUUAAACUGGACACUAAUGAGAGAUGGGUUAUCUGAAACUCCAACUCAGGAAGACUGGCUGAUCCAGGAAUUACCUAGAGGUUCAAAGAUUGGUGUUGAUCCAUGGGUUAUUACACAUGGAAAAUGGCACAAAAUAUCUCAGAGUCUACUAGCAGCUGGGCUGUCAUUAGUAUAUGCAGAGAAGAAUCUGGUUGAUCUGGUGUGGGCAGAUCACAAUCGACCUGACCCACCCUCUGAGGGGCUGAUGGUAUUGGACAUCUCAUUCACUGGAAAAACCUGGCAACAAAAAGUAAAGGAAGCACGUGGAACAAUGAAAAAGAAGAAGGCUGAUGCAUUAGUGGUAACUGCCCUGGACGAAAUUGCAUGGUUGUUUAACUUGCGAGGGGCUGAUGUGACUUUUAAUCCUGUGUUCUUUGCGUAUGCUAUGAUCACUCAAGAUGAAGUUAGUUUGUUCAUUGAUGAUGCCAAACUUGACAAAGCUGUAUCUAAACACCUGGGCUUGGAUAGUGUAAAUGGCAACAAUCAGAUUAAAGUUACUGUGCAUCCAUACGAGGGAAUAUCAGAUGCUAUCAAGGAGGCUGCUAGCAGUGGAGCAAGGAUUUGGAUUAGUUUGUCAUCCAGUGCUGCAUUAGUAAGGCUCGUCCAUAGGACUCAACUCAUCUCUGAUCCGUCACCACUGGCUCGUAGCAAAGCAGUCAAGAAUGCAGUGGAAAUUGAGGGCAUGCGUGAAGCUCACAUUAGAGAUGCCGUUGCUUUGUGCGAGUAUUUCUCUUGGCUGGAACAAGAGGUUCCUAAAGACGACCUCACAGAAGUCACAGGAGCAGCCAAACUAGAAGGGUUUAGAAGAGAGCAGGAAAAUUUUGUAAGCCUGAGUUUUGAAACAAUCUCCGCUGUGGGUUCCAAUGGAGCAAUUAUCCAUUACAGACCGGCUGAAGAAACGGACCGUAUGAUUUCCAACGAAGAGUUGUACUUAUGCGACUCUGGAGCUCAGUUUAAGGAUGGCACCACUGAUGUUACUCGCACGUGGCAUUUUGGGGUCCCUUCAAAGCGGGAGCGGGAAUGUUUCACUCGUGUUCUGAAGGGACACAUUGCAUUGGCAAGAGCUGUCUUUCCAAACAAAACCACAGGUCAUAGAUUAGACACUUUAGCCCGCAUGGCCUUGUGGGAUGCUGGAUUGGAUUACCUGCAUGGUACAGGGCAUGGGAUUGGCUCGUUUUUAAAUGUACAUGAAGGUCCCCAGGGGAUCGGAUUCCGGAGCAGAGAGAAUGAGGCUCCCUUAGAAGCCGGCAUGAUGGUUACUGACGAGCCGGGAUAUUACGAAGACGGUGCUUUUGGAAUCCGCAUUGAAAAUGUGUUGCUUGUAAAACCAGUUGAACUACAGAAUAAUUUUAAAAACAGAGGGUACCUAGGCUUUGAGCCGAUAACUCUGUUUCCAAUCCAAACCAAGCUUCUGAUGCCGUCCAUGUUAACAACAGAAGAGAUCGACUGGAUCAAUUGGUAUCACGGCUUAUGUGCUGAAAAGGUUGGAUCAGCUCUAAGAGAACAAGGCCGUACAAGCGCACUGAACUGGCUAAUAAAGGAAACAGUUGCUUUAGGUUGACUGCCCCGGCUGACAACUGGAUAAGAGACCAGAGCGUGAGCGGAUAAAUGAUAUAUGCUCGCGUUACGUCUGUUUUGUAAGUCUAUAGAUGGUGCUUAGUAAAUCGAUUAACACCACACCCAGGCAAAAGCGAUAAUUAGCAAGAAAACCAUUAUGGGUCCUCUACCAGCGCUGCUUCGAGGGGACUCUGCACUGCGUUACGUUGCAAAAACUCGAUUAUUGGGAAUAACAGUAGAUCACAACCUCACUUGGACACCGCAUGUAUUGGACCUUAAGAAAAACCUUGCGAACAAAUUAGAAUUACUAAAACGCUCUAGAUUUUCACCAAAAGAUGUUUUAAAGAAAUUCUAUUUUAGUGGUAUUUUACCAUCUAUAAAUAAUGGCCUUGUUUUAUGGGGAUCGUGUUGGAAUUCUGAGUUAAUUUAUUCAAAGGGUAGAUUCCACUGUAGGGUCGCCAGGAUUAUUUUUGAUUUAUCUAAAGACAUGGCAUCCAGCGAAGUAAUGAAAAUCGUGAACUGGUCAACAAUUAGAUUAAGUUACAAACUGGAAAUAUUUAAAUAAACGUACAACGCAUACAAGAAUAUUGUACCUGACAGUUUAUGUGGAAAUAUUUUUAGUAAACGAGACAACUAUUACUCACUGAGAGGGCACGAGGUAGCGGCUAUCUGCAGGCACCAAAGCAGAUUUAUGAAAGACUCAUUAGCCUAUCGAGGGCCUAUAUUAUGGAAUCUGGUGAACUUCAAUGAAAAAAAUAACUAAUGUAAACUUCAAGGAAUAAAGAAACGGCUUACUGCCAGGGAUUAUUUGGAAGAUUUUAUCUUUGACGGCACAGCAAUCUCCACGUUGAGACACAGAGUCAGCGACUAUGUGUACUUUUAAGUUUUUAAGUUUUUUUAGUUAGUUUUUAUUAAACAUUUACAUGUAUAUAUUUUGUGACGUAGUUAGGUAUACACGGCCCCACAAGCUUGUCAGCUUUAAUUCUUAUCGUGUGUUAAUAAAGGUUUUAUGUUGUGUUA